CCUUUGAGCAAGUUUUCUUUUUUAAUGUUAUUUAUUUCUCUUUCCUACUUUUUAUUCUAUUCCCAUCAUUACUGGUUUUUGAUUAUUUUGCAGCGCUACUGUAACCUACUAAGAUCUUCAUCGUGUUUCUUGACCUGAAUAAAUUCUCUUCUCGUGUUCUUAAGCUACUGAAGUUGAUGUGCGUGGAAAGAUGAGAGCUCGUGCUUCCUUUCAACUCUUUUUACUUAGUUGUGUCCUCUUUUCCGUAGCCUGUGAAGAUUUUCCCUCAGAUGAAGUGAAAGCUCUUACUAAAUUCAAAGAAGCUAUAUAUAAGGACCCACUUAGGGUUUUAUCAAAUUGGAAUGCCACAAAUUCUGAUCCUUGUAGCUGGAAAGGCAUUUAUUGUUCUAAGGCUGGAGAUCAUGUCAUUAAAAUUAACAUAUCAGGGACAUCUUUGAAGGGUAAUCUCGCACCAGAGUUGCAUUUAAUCUCUAAUUUGCAAGAACUUAUAUUGCAUGGAAACUUGCUCCUAGGCAAACUACCUAAGGAAAUAGGCUUGCUGAGAAAUCUUAAAGUAUUGGACUUGGGCGCUAACCGGCUGACAGGACCAAUUCCUUCUGAAAUCAGCAAUUUAUCCAAUAUUUCAAAAAUAAUACUUCAAUCCAAUGGGUUGACUGGGAGUUUACCCCCCGGACUUGGGAACUUGGAAUACCUUGAGGAGCUUAGGCUGGAUAGGAAUAGACUCCACGGGGUACUGCCAGCCAGUAACAUCACAGGUUCUACAUCUGGUGGAAAAGGGAUGGAUAUCCAUGGUGGCUACAUAAGUGUUUUUUGUCAUUCAUCUCACCUUAAAGUUGUUGAUUUCUCCUUUAACUUCUUUGUUGGAAGUAUACCCAAGUGCUUGAGUUAUCUUCCAAGCUCGAGCUUUCAAGGGAACUGUCUACAAGUGAAGGCUAUUGAACAGCGCUCCGCUGUACGAUGUGGCAGUACACCACAUGGUAAGAACCAUACGAUAGUUAACACGACACCACACCCGCUGGCAGAUAAUCCCAGUCUGCGUCAGCCUUCUUCAAAGCCUACCUGGCUUUUAGCCCUGGAGGUGGGGACAGGAAUCGCGGUGGGUACUCUAUUUAUUGUGGCUCUACUUACUACCUUUCAAAAGCUCAAGACCAAAGCUUCUAUCAUUAUCCCUUGGAAGAUGUCAGGUAGCCAGAAUGAAGACCAUAUGCCCAUUUUUGUAGAAACUGAGAUGCUGAAGGAUGUGGUGAGAUACAGCAGGCAACAACUAGAGGUAGCAUGUGAAGAUUUCAGUAACAUUAUUGGAUCUUCACCCGACAGCUUCAUCUACAAAGGUACCAUGAGAAGUGGGCCUGAAAUCGCUGUUGUAUCCAUGUGUGUCAAGGAAGAUUAUUGGUCAGCGCAUCUUGAGCUUUAUUUUCAGGAUGAGGUUGCAGAACUUUCUAGAAUAAAUCACAAAAAUAUAUCAAAACUGCUAGGCUAUUGUAGAGAAAGCAGUCCAUUUACAAGGAUGUUGGUGUUUGAGUAUGCAUCAAAUGGGACACUAUAUGAACACCUUCACUAUGGAGAUGGGUACCAGUUAUCAUGGAUGAGACGAAUGAACAUUGUUAUUGGCAUUGCUAAGGGGCUAAAAUAUCUCCACACUAAUCUUACUCCACCUUUCACUAUUUGUGAACUCAAUUCAAAUUCUGUGUAUCUCACUGAAGAUUUUUCUCCAAAGGUGUGUAGUGUGUCUCUUCCUACAACUGAAGUGCUGAAAGGUAAACGGGUAAACUUCCCUGAGAGGUGCAGCCUGUGUAGAGUAGAGGACGAGUCACUGGCUCGCUGCUGCAUGUUGUCGCGAGAUGUGCAGUGGCUGCUGCAGUUUGGAGUCAUUUAGGGUGGAGUUUGUUGGGAGCAUUAGCGGGGCCCUUUCUAUACUGGUUGCAGGCUGUUUUUCCGAUGAAAAACUGCAGAGGAAGUUCAGGUUUUGCGUGGGAGAUUGGGGGUUAUGACAAGAGAGGAAUAACAGGUUGUGAAGAGGUUCUCGAGCUUGUGCAAGGCAUAUUUUAAAAUGCAGUGGCUGCAAAUCGGCUCAAUUCAAGUUGCCGUUGGGCCCGGUAGUGAGGCAGGCGGGUUCUCCAGUGUGGCAGCGACUGGCGGGGGAGAGUAAAAGUCAACGUUGAUGCUGCUACCAGAGGUAGUCGGCGAGGUCUCAGUUGGGUGGUCCUGGAUUCGCAGGGAGGAUUUCUGGCCAGAGUUCCCAAGCCUUGGGCUGGAUUGUGUUCCACAAGGGAAGCUGAGAUGAUGUGUAUUCCAGAGGCACUUAGUUGGUUGACAAAAUCAAAACUGGCAUUUUGUGGAUAUUGAAUCAAAUGCUUUAAAGGUUAUAAAUGUGAUCCAGUGAUCCAGUCGUGCGUUUCAAACGGCAUUUGGUCUUCUUGCUGAUGAUAUCACAAAUAUGAGCACUAGUAUAAAUUUCUUUCAGUUGGUUGAUUUUGAAAGCUGGAAGGCAAUACUAUCAAGAUCAGAAAGGAGUUUGGGAGCUAUGAGUAGUGAAGAUGCGGUUAGCGUCUUCCCGAGCUCUAUGGAGAAGCGUCAUAUUGAUAUCCAGGGUAACAUCUAUUCAUUCGGGUUGCUUCUUCUUGAAAUAAUCAGUGGCAAACCUCCAUACUGCAAGCACAAAGGGUCCUUAGUGGAUUGGGCAAAUGAAUUCCUUGAAGUACCGGAGGCAAUGGCGUACGUGGUGGAUCCGGAGCUGAAACAUUUCAGAUAUGAAGACCUCAACAUAAUAUGUGAGGUGAUCAAAUUGUGCAUCCAACCAAGUUGGAUCAGCAGAACUUCAAUGAGUGAGUUGUGCACUCUGCUUGAAGGAAAUAUUGACACUUGUAUGUCUGUGGAGCUUAGGGCUUCUUUAGCAUGGGCUGAACUUUCCGCCCUCUCCUGAGAGAUUCACUCUUUAUUACAAAUAUACAGACCAUCUAUCUAUAUUUUUUUCCUCCCAUUUUUUCUAGCAUCUUGAGUUGUGUGAGAUCUGUGCAAAUUUUGUUUGCCAUAGAGAUGCCGAACUGGCUAAUUUUCUUUUCCGUUGUAAUUUGUAAAUGACCAGAACAUCUUUGUGCCACAAUACCAAAUAGUCAGUAAAACAAAAGCUUAAAUUGCCGACCCACCC